UUUGCCUCGCCACGCUAAACGCCUACUAAACGCCAUGUCUCGACAGACAAUUCAAACUGAACGGCUUCUUUUCCUGGUGGGUGCAUUGAUUUUGGGACUCUGCGGAGAGAGUCCUUGGUCAAGUUGGUGCUUCUCGCCUGCAGCCUAUUUGACAAGCUGGGAGGCUUCAGAACGGGCCCGCUGCAAGGCUGGUGGAACACCAAUUGGACUUGCACCUGUCGGAGAGAUUGACAAUCGGCAAGACUUGAAAGAUGCAAUUCUUGGCUUGAGAAAGGAAAUGACAGGCUUAAGGCUGGGCAUCAUGGCACCCAAUGCAGAGGCAGCAUCUGAAUCCUUGAAAAGAUGGUUACUUGCUCUUGGUUUGCCAGCUACUGAAGUUCGGCUUGUUGACGAGCAGAAUCAGCCAGCAGACUCUAGCAUAUCUGGAGCAGUAUAUUUGAAGUACAGCUAUGCCAUGUCCGACAACUCUGGAGAUUCCAAGGUCGGUGCCUACAUGAAGCCCUACCCAUUUGCCGGCCGAGGGGUCCUUUUCAAUCCAGACCUGCCAGACGGAGAGAUGCACAUGUAUGAAGAUUUCCCACUGGCACUCUUCGAGGAAUGAUGGUGGAUGAAGUGAACUUUCCUCAGGGGUCAUAGUGAGCCAAAGAUGUAGCUUAUUGAUGCUUGUGGGUGGUAGCUCAGCAUCGCCAUCAAAAAUAAUAAAGACUGCUUUUCCAAAAC